CAGCCGCAGCAGCAGCAGCAGCCGCCGCCCCAGGCCCCCCCCAUGGAGCCCGAGGCCCUAGAUUCCCGCAAGAGGCCCCUCGAAACGCCCCCCGAGGUGGUCUGCACCAAGCGGAGCAACACGGGAGAGGAAGGUGAAUACUUCCUGAAAGUGCUGAUCCCCAGCUACGCUGCAGGCUCCAUCAUUGGCAAGGGCGGCCAGACCAUCGUACAACUACAAAAGGAGACUGGUGCCACCAUCAAACUCUCCAAGUCCAAAGACUUCUACCCUGGAACCACAGAGCGAGUGUGCCUAGUACAGGGCACAGCAGAGGCCUUGAAUGCUGUGCACAGCUUCAUUGCAGAGAAGGUCCGAGAAAUUCCACAAGCGAUGACCAAGCCUGAAGUGGUCAACAUCCUUCAACCCCAAACCACGAUGAACCCCGACAGAGCCAAGCAGGCCAAGCUGAUUGUCCCCAACAGCACAGCCGGCCUGAUCAUCGGCAAAGGGGGCGCGACGGUGAAAGCCGUGAUGGAACAGUCGGGUGCCUGGGUGCAGCUGUCCCAGAAACCAGAGGGCAUCAAUCUGCAAGAGCGCGUGGUGACAGUCAGUGGUGAGCCCGAGCAGGUGCACAAGGCCGUGAGCGCCAUCGUGCAGAAGGUCCAGGAAGACCCUCAGAGCAGCAGCUGCCUCAACAUCAGCUACGCCAACGUGGCCGGCCCUGUAGCCAACUCCAACCCCACCGGCUCACCGUACGCCAGCCCCGCUGACGUGUUGCCUGCUGCAGCCGCCGCCUCCGCUGCUGCCGCUUCUGGCCUGCUGGGCCCAGCAGGGUUGGCAGGCGUGGGAGCCUUUCCUGCCGCCCUGCCUGCCUUCUCCGGCACCGAUCUGCUGGCGAUCAGCACAGCGCUCAACACGCUGGCCAGCUAUGGCUACAACACCAACUCCCUUGGUCUGGGCCUCAAUUCGGCCGCAGCCUCCGGCGUCCUGGCUGCUGUUGCCGCUGGUGCCAACCCUGCUGCUGCUGCCGCUGCCAACCUCUUAGCGUCCUACGCUGGGGAGGCAGGGGCUGGGCCAGCUGGAGGGGCCGCCCCACCUCCGCCCCCACCACCCGGAGCCCUGGGCUCCUUUGCUUUGGCCGCAGCCGCCAAUGGCUACCUCGGGGCUGGGGCAGGCGGGGGUGCAGGUGGAGGAGGUGGGCCACUGGUGGCCGCGGCGGCCGCGGCGGGGGCAGCUGGGGGCUUCCUGACAGCAGAGAAGUUGGCAGCUGAAAGUGCCAAGGAGCUGGUGGAGAUCGCGGUGCCUGAGAACCUGGUGGGAGCCAUCCUGGGCAAGGGGGGCAAGACGUUGGUGGAGUACCAGGAGCUCACAGGCGCCCGCAUCCAGAUCUCCAAGAAAGGAGAGUUCCUGCCAGGCACGCGGAACCGGCGGGUCACCAUCACGGGCAGCCCCGCGGCCACGCAAGCAGCCCAAUACCUCAUCAGCCAGCGGGUCACCUAUGAGCAGGGGGUGAGGGCUUCAAACCCCCAGAAAGUGGGAUGAGGCCUGUGGUGUGUGCUCCCACCCUAUCCCUGUCCCUCCUCCUCCUCCUCCUACUUCCUCCCCCAACUCCUGACCUCAGCUUGGUGUAGUCCUGCUUCUUAUGGGAUGGGGCUGGGGUAGGCCUGACCGAACCCCCGCCUUCUGGUAGUCAUAGGCAGGAUUGAGUACUGGCUGGGGUUGGGGCCCAGAAGCCCCCUCCCCAGCCUGGAACUGACCCCUUUCCUCAUCCCUGUGCUUGUCUGGGCCUGAUCGCCCCUCCCAGGGCCCAGGUCUGUGUGAUAUCUGUAUAUAUUGCAUUUUGUUGAUUUUAAUAGAAAACAAAGCGUUAUUUUCUCUUUC